AUGCUCCGCAUGUACUCGCUCUCGGCGCAGGACCUGUUCUUCAAGUACGAGGCGUUCCUGAUGUCGCGGCCGAGCGGACUGAGGCAGAAGCUGUCCAAGUUCAACCUCGACGUCGCGCGCGAGCUGCGCAAGGAAAUUCAGCGCGAGAGCCAGAGCAAGGCGAGCAAGGCUGCCAGUAGCGUCAACAACGGCGACACCAAGGUUGCCGGUGUGCGGCGGAAGAACGCGGCGGUCGCGGACCUCGGAGGAUUCCUUGAUGGCCUCUCGACGCCGGUGAAGAAGCGCAAUGUCGCGACGCAACUGUCGAACACGAGCAACAAUGCGAAUGUGCCCUCGCCGUCUAGCAUGAGCACGCCGCAUCGUACGCCAACUGGCCCCAUCCCGACAGCCAGCAGCUACCGCCCCUCUGGGCCGUCUCGACUCGCUGUUCCCGUCUCAACGCCGUUGGGCAAGGACGGUAUCGCGCCCUCGAGCCCGGUAUCAGGCGCUGAGUCGCCGAACGGGUAA